UGUCGGUAAACAUGACAAUAAAUGUCGUGAAAAGGGGGAAAUACCUCAGAUUUUAGCUGCGUGUAUCAUCGACGAGGAGGCCUAAUCGUAACACUAUGCAAUGUCGGUCUCAGAUCCUCUCAUUAAGGAAUUGAAAGGCUGGACCAGAAAAUUAACCGAAUGUACGGGAAAUAUCGACGACAGCAAUCCAGAUUUACCGUCGUUUUGCAAAAGUCUGGAGAGAUGCUUGCAAAAAGGUGUUCUGAUGCGUAUGAAUGCUAUAGGAUUUCCAAAGUUAGCUGAAGCUUGGUACUGGAUGGAAGAGGUUCAGGCUAAAAAUCAAAGCUACGCAUACACUUCGGCCGUGGAGGCGGUCAAAGCAAACUGUAAAGUUCGCUCACCCGUUGGACGACUAAGGCUUUUGAUCAGGAUUUGUCUUACUCGUCAAUGCCUUCAUGUGCCUAUCCAAAUAUUAGCACAGAAUAACUCCGCGUUUCCACUUGCCUUGGAUUACUACGAACCCCAAAGCAUUUUGGGCGAUGAAAUUUUAGGGGAAAUACUACUAUCCGUUUUGCUGCAAUGCGGUAAAUUGAAUUUUCGAUUGAAUUUGAAAAAUGCCAGUUUCCUGGACGACACAUGGCUGCUUCCUGAGUGCUCAGCUCUUGAACUCGUGCCUUGUAAGACAAUGGGCAUGUCGGUUUCCUUCAUAGAGGGGAAGGCUCUGGUCGUCAAUUUAGACGAAAAUUCAGUCGCUGCCGAAGAUGACAAAAUUGAGCUUGGCGAUGUCUUGGAUGAGAUCAACGGAAAUGUUAUAACUGCUAGCGCCAAGGGAAGACUUGGAAAAAUCAUGAAAAAGGCAAUAGGACAACCCAUAUCUCUUCAUAUCAUUAAAUAUCGGUAUAAACAAUCCAGAGAUGUUUACGGACCAAUUGUUCACCUGAUUCGCAGCUCAAAUAUCGAUCAUAUGAAAAAAUUACUACUCCAGAGAAGUCCGAUUCUGAAACCCGAUUGUAUCGGAGAUGAUAAAUCAGGGGUAAACAACUCUAAUACAGAGAACGAACAGCUGAAAGCUGGAUUCGUGCUCAAGUACUGCGGUUCUAUUUCUACUGGAACGGAAGGUGACGUAAGACAGAUCGAAAAAGCCAUUUGGCGAAUCUUAAAGUCUGAGGAUUUCCAGUCGACAAGUGUCAGGUUCGAAUGCUUGGAGAUAGGAGUCAGAGUCACACGGGCAAACGAUGAUAAUAUUAUUUCGAAGCACAGCUAUAUGGAAAUAUCAUCAUGCGGGCGUACUGCUAAUAUUCCAGACUACUUUGCGUUCAUUGCGGGAGACAAAAACUGUAACGUGGCGACAAAGUUCAAUGCCUAUAUAUUUUUCCAUCACAACGAAGAAGAAGUACAAACAAUUUUGCAGAGUUUAGGCCAAGGUUUCCAGCGAACACACUUUGCUGUAUGAAUGUUCGUUUACAUUGUCAAAUUUGGCUAGGGGUUGCCUAAUAUUCAAGCUUAUGUAAAGGAAACAGGGCUGCCGUAACGGUGGCUAAAUAAUUCAACGCAGAUUGACAAGCUGUUAAUAAGAAUACAAUAUAUUCCAUCAAGGAAUUAAAAAAACAACAAUAUAUCAAUUAAUAUGCGAUAUCAAAAGAAUUUCAAAUGAAUGUAUAUUUUCUGCCUAAUUUAACAUGUACAAUGUAUACAUCUUGUAAAGAUAUCGCGUUGAUUUUAAUCUUCGCGGUUUUUAGAAAAUAAAAAUCAAUACCCCAAUUUUAAA